UGGAAUGCAAUUAGUCACAGUCUGAUUUCAAAACACAAUAUCACUGUUGUUACGGAUACAUUACGGUUGCAUUUAUAGUUUGUAGUCGUCUGCCAAAAUAUAGAAUAACUGCCGAAUGCACAUUCGCGUUUUACGUGCAUUUAUGUCCUCGAAGGUUGGAAUUUUGACAUUUGCGCUGAGCCGUGAACGCAACCAGUCCCGUCCAACAUGGCGGCGCAGCGGAGGAAUUUGAUGCAGAGCCAUCAGAGCUGGACCGAUGACCUGCCUCUGUGCCAGAUGUGCGGCGUCGGCUCAGCGCCCAACUGUGUGUACGGCUCUGAUGGCAAAGGAACUCAGAGCCACCCCAACGAGGACGGACACCUCCGGCUGAAAGGCGAGGACGGCUGUUUCCUGUACGGCGUCUUUAACGGUUACGACGGCAGCAGAGUGGCCAACUUUGCCUCCCAGUGUCUGACGGCAGAGCUGCUGCUCGGGCAGCUAAACUCAAAUCACACGGACAACGACGUCCGCAGGAUCCUCACACAGGCCUUCGACGUGGUGGAGAAGAGCUACUUCGACACCAUCGAUGACGCUCUGGCUGAGAAGGCCAACCUGUCCAACUACCUCCUGCCGCACAACGAGAAUCUGCCGUACCACCAGCUUUCUCCUCAGAGUCAGAAGAUGCAGGAGCGCCUGAGGGAGCUGGAGCAGGAGGUGGCGGGAGGCGCAACGGCCGCGGUGGCCGUGAUACUCAACAACAAGCUCUACAUCGCCAACGUCGGUACCAACAGAGUCCUGCUGUGCAAGUCCAGCAGCGACGGCCAGAACCAGGUCCUUCAGAUCGGUCGACCACACAGCACCGACAACGACGAUGAACUGCAGAGACUGGCCGCGCUGGGUGUGGAUUCGGCUCGGAUCAGGCAGGCGGGGCAGAUAGCGGGGCAGAGCAGCACCAGGAGGCUGGGAGACUACCGCGUCAAGUUCAACUACAACGAAAUCGACCUGCUCAGCGCGGCCAAGACGAGGCCAAUAAUCUCCGAGCCGGAGAUUCACGGCAGCCAGUCUUUGGAAGGUGUGACCGGCUUCUUGUUGCUGAUGUCAGAAGGGCUGAUAAACGCCCUGGAGGCCGCCCACGGCCCCGAGCAGGCCAACCAGGACAUCGUUGCCAUGGUAGCCGCGGAGCUGGCCCUGCAAAACAACCUGGAGGCCGUGGCCCAGUCGGUGGUGGACCGGAUCAGGCGGCUCCACCACGACGUGUUCGUGUCCGGCCGUCAGAGGGCGACCUACUGCUCCCGGCACGAGGACAUGACCCUGCUCAUCCGCACACUCAAUUACCCGCUGGCUGACGCGGCGCUCACGCCCACGCAGGGUGGUCGUAUCUAUCCCGUCUCAGUGCCGUACUCCAACAGCCAGAGCACAAGUAAGACCAGCGUCACCCUGUCCCUGGUCAUGCCGUCCCCGGGGACCCUCACGAACGGCACCAACACGGCGUCCACGCUGGAGGAAGGAACCCCCACCCCAGGCAGCCAGAGCCCGACGGCCACCCUCCAGUCCACCAACACCCAGACGCAGAGCUCCAGCUCCAGCUCGGGAGACGGGAGCCUGUUCCGGCAGAGGGGGAGCCAGGCGGCGCAGCCGGACGAGACGGGCCGGGUGCCCCCCUACGUGGACUUCACCCAGUUUUACCGGCUGUGGGGGGGCGACCACAGCGACAGCCAGAGCGCCCAGGGAGGCCUGGGCCCCCAGUGAGGAGGCGGGACGGACGGGGGGGGGGGGGGGGGGGGAGGGGACGUUCCGGCGGCACGUGCAUCAGGAGGAUGCGUUUGUGGUUUCACACACAAAAUGCUUUUAAUGUAUCGUACGUGACCUAAAGGUGCAUGUGGACGCAGAGCGGGAGGCUUUUUUUUUUUUUUUUUCAUCAUCAUCAUCCUGCUAUCGAAUGUGAGGUGAAGCCGUGAGGGGGAGAAAAAAAAAAAAAAAAAGGCGGUGUCACUACACCCCUUUAGCGCUUUUUCGCACUUGAACUUCAAACACUGUUCACAAAAUGGAGCAGACAAGGGGAGAUUUUCUGUGUCGGACUUUAUUCUCACUGCUGGAAAUGUUCCGUUUAGUUGAGGUGAGGCCUCGACAUGAAACACACACACACACACACACACACACACAGACACACAGACACACACUCUCUGGACGACAGUCUGCUCCGUUCAAACGUGGGGUUUUUACGUGGUCAUCGCUCACACUUUCGACCGGACAUUAAACGGACUUUAUCUCGUCCUCAUUCGUGUCGGAUCCUUCAGUGCAUGUGUGAAAAGGGCUUUAAAAAAUCAUGUUAGUUCUCUUCUGUAAUAUACAAAGGGAUUUGUGUGAAUAUAUGUAAUACACAUUGUAGAGAUUGUUGUCAUAUGUAAGAGCAAGAAAUUUGGUGAAUGGAUACGAACUGUUAGGCCUUAAAAUGGAGCAUUUGAAAGUAGCUUUUCCUUCUUUCUUUUUUUUUUAUUUGUAAUGAAAUAUAUCUUCACCUUGG